AACACACAACAUUGGCUCUGCUUUUGCUCUGACACAUGGCUCCCUUGAAAUGCUGACGCAUUUUGGUUUGCAUUGUGUAUCUUGAUACACGUCCAAAUAAACGAGUUAUAUUGAAUGCGGUUAAAGCACUAGGACAUUCAUUCGCGUGUGUAAUACAGCCGCAUGUCCCGCCCAGAACUUGAAGCCGAGUCCAUCAGGAACCAGGCUGAGACCCAUCCCGCGAGGAGGGCUGCACUAACGGCGUCAGAGAUGUACACGGGAAACAUUACAAGUGUAUAACCGAUUGGGAUUUAAAGGACACCUGCUGUAAGAAAUGAUCGACAUGUCUUCUGAGGAGGAGACUUCUGAGAAUUCCUCUUCUUCCUUCACUCUCCCUCCCUCUUCUUCCUUCACUCUCCCUCCCUCUUCCUCUGCCUCCUCCUCCUCCUCCUCCUCCUCACCUCCCCCUGCCUCCCACUUCAUCGGGAAGAUAGAGGACAUUGUCAAGGCCAGGCGUGUGACCAAGAUGGUGAAUGGAUACAGAGAUAUACUGGUUCUGUACCACCAGGGGCAGCUUCAUGCAAUGGACCCACGCUGCUACCAUUCAGGUGGUGCAUUACAAUAUGGAGACAUUGAGGAGUUUAAUGGACGGCUGUGUAUCGUGUGUCCGUGGCACAAGUACAAGAUCACACUUGCAGAAGGGGAAGGGCUUUACCAAGCUGUGGAAGAUCCUUCAGCCAAACCCCUGAUAACACACUGGCGCUCCAAGGGUGUCAAACAGAGGAUUCACAAGGUCACUGAGGUCAACGGGAAUGUAUACGUAACACUGAACGACUCUCGUGAGGCCAUCGAGUCAGACGUUUACCAGACUGAGAGAUAUCGUACUGACUUACUCGAGCCCCAGCCCAAACCCAUGGCCAAGAAAUAACAAGACAUUCAAGGAUUGUUUUAGAGGUAAUUGAUUACUUAAAACUGAAAUGCUUCAAGGACAAUGUAAGACGUUUUCUUGUAUUUCAUUGGAAAGCAUUUCAAACCUUUAAAUCUGUUUGUCACAAUAAUUAUUAUCAAACAACUGUUACUAAGUGUGUGAGCCAAUAAGCUACAGUAUGACGGAGAUAAAUAUCUGAAAAUAAUGUAUAAUGUAGUAAGAGGAAUAUAGGACAGUCAAUGACACACAGUUGCAGGCUGUGUGUCCUUUUAGUGCUUCAAUUGGACAACCUUAGAGUUUUGUGAUGUUCACUGUUCAGUACUGUGCUCCUGCUCUGAUGGACACCAGAAAACGGCAUUACUGAAGACAUUGAACAAAUAUGAUUUAGAAAUGUCUAUUUGCUGCAGGAAAUUACUACUAGUUUAUUCUAACUGGUUUUGCAGUUCUUUGACACUGAAGUUGGUUUACUACCAAAUUGUAUUUAUUAAAUGGUACAACUAUUUUUGAAA